UGUAAAUUUUCUUUUUAUUGCAAACAGCUUAAUUAUUAGACACUUAAGUGAUUUUCUGCACUUUCUACAGUCAAGAGUAUUUUUGUGGUUAGUUCAGUGUCUGUAAAAGUACAGGAGGACAGUUUGCAUCCAUUUUAUGUAUCCAUUCCAAUUACCAUAUACUAAGUGGCAUGAAAUAGUUUUAAAAAAAAACAUAAUUACCAGUUUGUUAUACAAAGAGUGCUUUCUUUACCUUGACAAGUUGCAGAUGACAGCAGCAUGAGCUAUUAAAAAUAUAAGCUUGCUCUCCUUUUAAGUCUCUUUUUCUACUCAGGUAAUGUAUUAAAUAAGGAGAAAAAAUAGGACCAAAGUAUCUAAAAUUGUAAUGGAGAAGAUAACAUUUCUUCAUUGGCUGACUUGGGUAUUAACAAAAGACUGCCUUGAGAUGAAAGAAAAUGAAUUACAAAAGAAAAUUAAAACAUUGUUAAUUUUGGUUGAUUUAGGAAGAGGCUGACCCAUCUCUUCAGGCUCUUGAGUCCCGCCAGGAAGAGAUCUUAAAACGUUUGUAUGAACUGAAAGCUGCUGUUGAUGGGCUCUCCAAGAUGAUACAAACACCAGAUGCAGACCUUGAUGUGACAAACAUGAUCCAAACUAAUGAAUACACUACUUUAAAAACUACAAGUGCAGUAGACUUAGAUUCAAUGCUUGGGAAGGAUUAUGGAGCAUUGAAAGAUAUUGUGAUUAAUGCAAACCCAACUCUGCCUCCACUUUCCCUGUUGGUGCUACACAGCUUUCUUUGUGAACACUACAAGAUAUUAUCAACUGUUCAUGUGCAUUCAUCUGUAAAGAAUGUUCCUGAAAGUCUUUUGAAGUGUUUUGGAGAACAAUCUAAGAAACAGUCACGUCACGAGUAUCAAUUGGGCUUUACUUUAAUUUGGAAGGAUGUGCCAAAGCCCCAGAUGAAGUUCAGUAUUCAAACAAUGUGUCCUAUCGAAGGUGAAGGGACCAUUGCUCGAUUUUUGUUCUCACUGCUUGGCCAGACACAUGAUGCUGUUAGUCUAACACUUAUAGAUCGUUGGAUAGAUAUGACUUUUUUUCAGUUGAAAGAAGGAAGCAGUAAAGAAAAAGCAGCUGUCUUGCGCCGUAUUAGCUCUGCUCUUGGCAGAGGUCCCUGGCUGGUAGGAAAUGAACUCACUGUAGCAGACAUUGUAGCUUGGGGUGUACUUCAGCAAUUGGGUGGCCCUAAUUCUGUUCCAACUGAUAUUCAAAAAUGGAUGAAAUCAUGUGAAAAUUUGGCCUCUUUUAAUAGUGCCCUGAAACUCCUGAAGUAAAUUCUAAGAGUACAUUUUGAAAGUGGCAUAACUGAAAACCUAUACUGCCUCAUGCCUGUUGGUAAACGCACUUAUAUUAAAAUUGAUGUCUUACAGCCAGAUGUCAAACACCAAUAAAAUUAUCAUAGAA